AUGGGAGAAGAAGAGAACAGUCAGAGAGAGGACGGGUUCAGCAGAGGCCCAGAGGAAAGUCAAAACAGGAUGAGCCCGCAGUCUAAUCGUCAAGGUUCAGGACCAAAGAAACCACAAGACCUUUAUCUGGGCUGUCUAACAAAACAACACCUGAUAAUGAUAUCUGUGGCUGUUGGGCUUGCCAUCCUGCUGAUCAUCAUUACUGUCACAGCGGUGGUGCUCACCAACAAGUCAGGUUCCUCAGCUCCUCUUCCCUCCUUUUCCACUGGUGGAGACAUGCUGGACUUCCUGGUUCAGUCCGGUGAGAUCAGCAAACCUGACGGUCUGUUGGCUACCUGGUUCCACAGAGCCAACAGCAAGGAGGAAAUGAACAAAGCGUUAGCAGGUGAUGUCAUGAUCCUGGAGGCUGAUGUCACUCUGGAGGGUUAUGGAACAGCCAAUGAAAAGCCAGUCCCCAUCAUGGCCCACCCUCCAGACAUCUACAGCGACAACACUCUGGACCAAUGGCUGGAUGCAGUGCUGGCAUCAAGAAAAGGUUCAGGAUUUAGACAGAACACACAGAGUGCAGCAGAGUAGAACCACUCAUUGGGCAUGAAGCUGGAUUUUAAGUCUCUGAGAUCAGUGGGUUUGUCAUUAGACCUGCUUAAUCAAAAGAACAGCAGCCGAAAAAUGAACAGGCCUGUGUGGCUUAAUGCAGACAUCCUCCAAGGUCCCAAUGUACCAAGCUUUGUGCCUCCAGUCAAUGGAACCAUAUUCCUGCAGUUGAUUCAGGAGAAGUUUUCGGAUGUGACUUUGUCUCCUGGAUGGAAGGUAGCCUACGCUCCUCCACUUUUCACUGAAACCUACACCAGGUCCAUGAUGGAAGACAUGUAUGAUAUGGUCAAAGACGUCCCUCAAAAGGUGACGUUCCCAGUCCAUGCCCUGUUGGUUCGCAGGGGCUGGCAGCACCUCAGCUGGCUCCUCAGCCAAUCGCCACGGUUCAGUCUGACCUUGUGGCAAGGUUCAAUUCAUCCGAGCAUCAGUGAUCUGCUCUUCGUCCGCGACAACAGCCACCCCGCCAGAGUCUACUACGAUAUAUAUGAACCAACACUGUCUGCAUUCAAACAAGCUGCAAGACAGCAGGGCCGUCUCAGGAGAUUCUAUCCUGGAGGAGACCUGAUGGACUUCCUGUGUCCAGCUCUUCGCUCAGACUCCAGCUUCCUCUCCACAGUCACACGGUGCGACAGCCUGGCUGUGCGCUGGUUUACAGUUACUGAGCAGACGUCCCUGUUGGCUCAGCUCUCAGGUGCUGCUGCUGGUGGUAUGUUGGUGGUUCAGGUGGCUUCUGACAGCAACCGAAAAGGAGUCCCUCUGGUGGAAGGUUCUGGAACAGGCUCAGGGCCCCUCACACUGGAGGACAUCCUGGAGAUGCUUGGACAGAGCACUGAUGCACCCUGGGGUGUUUACCUCCAAGUCCACACUCAGCAGCUUCUGGAGGCUUCUCUCACUCUGCUGCAGUCAGCCUACAGCAGAGAGAGGCUCUACAGGCCUGUCUGGAUCAGCAUGGACGGUUUACAGAGCAGUGACAAAGUAAAAGAGUACAUAUCCACAGUGGAGAGGCUGUUCCCAUACAUCACCCUAGUCCUGACGGAGCAGAACUGGCCUCCUCAGAUCUCAGGGACAGUGACUGGCUUGUCUCAGAGGGUGGCUCUGCAUCUGAACACGGCAUCAUUGCCAAAAGGAAAGGAGGAGCUUCGGUCUCUAAUGGGAAUGAUGGACAGAUACGACCUCAUUGUGGAAGAGGACACAGAGAGCAAUGCCGAAGCUUUCAUGGUCUUGAGAGGACUUAUGACUCAGCGUACAGGGAGGGCAAGCACAAACCUGUAUGUGAUAUCUGGCCGGUCCUAACUGAG